AUGUCAAGGACACAGCAGCCACAAAGACAAUCAGAGCCAAUCCCUCCGCCUGUUCCACCCUUACCCCGGGAAAUCCAACCUCAUCCAGCACCCAGUCCGGCUUUCCCAAGUUCACAAUCACCAAGAGCUUCGCCAGGCCCACCGCCUCCACCGCCUAAAGAUUUUGCCCAAAGUGGUCCAGCACCCGGGCCAACAGCACAGAGACCAGGCCGAUAUGAUGCUCCUCCACCACUGCCAUCCGAAGGACAACCAGGAAGGCCAGGCAUUCCACGGGCUCAACCUCCCUAUGCAAAUGGAAGCACUCAACGACCGCCGAGCGGUAUGAACUAUAUGCCACAAAGGACUAGCAGUCUCCGACAAUCAACCCCGGCACAGGAACCACACUCGGCACCAGGCUAUGAGCCAUUGCAGCAGCAGCAAUAUCACCCACAGCCAUCUAGGUCAGGUGAUUCACAGCAACAUCAACAUCCUCCAACUCAACAGCCCCUGCCCGCAGGCCAAGACCCAAGAAUUCCAGCACGGCCUCAUGCCAAUAACCCGCCAUGGCAGGGACCAUCUCCAGGCUCCCACGUAUACAGUGAACGGCCUCCACCUCAUCAAUAUUCUCAGAGCAAACCACUACCAGUAUCACAGCAUCAAUACCAACAACACCAGGGCCCUCACUAUGCGCAGCCACAACAAACCCCCUAUCAACAACAACCACCUCAACCUCUACCUCAGCAUCAGCCCAAACCAGCGAAAGCAGCACCGCCACCCAACCUGCUAGACUCACCCUUCGACAUCCCCCUCCCAGCACCCAGCAACUCCACAGUCAUUUCCAAAAACCCCAACAUCCCCGUCCCGCCAAUCCCCGUGAAUCCCGAAAAGGAAGCCCUACUGGCGCACCUCUCUUACCAAGUAACACAAUCCCUCCACCAACAAAUCUCGCAAUCCACCUCCGCGCUUCCCGCGCUCUCCUCACAACAUGACGCCCUGCAACAUACCCUCCAAACGCUCGCAGCGGAGCUCACAAACCUCCAAGCGACCCAUUCCACACUCUCCUCCAACCUGAAUCUACUGUCCAGCUCACUGGCGAAAUCCGACAAAGUCAUCAGCUCGGCACACGCACGGUCGUCGGCAAACGACAUCCCCGCAGUAGAUGAGAUGCUGGUCCCGCCGACGGUGGUGUCGCGCCAGCUGUACGACGCGGCCUGCGAGGAACGCGGCAUCGAGGCCGCUCUCCUCGCCCUGCAGGAGGGCUUUGUGAGGGGCCGCAUCCCUGCGGAUGUGUGGUCCCGUCGCACGAGGGAGCUCGCGCGUGAGGGAUUCAAGCGCCGCUGGAUCGAGCGCAAGGUCGCGAAGGGCAUGGCGCUAGAUAUGGGCAUGUUGGGUAAUGGAGUGUAG